GACAUUGGGUUCACGGCGACUCAACGGGUAGCGAUGGCUCAAGCACUCAGGGGCACCACAGGUAGCUAUACUCCGGGCACGCCAUGGGGCGGUUCAAUAGGGCAGUGCAUAACCCGGGUGGUUGGUGCACACAGCGGGGACAGUUCAGGACGUGGGUGGUUGGUGCACACAGCGGGGACAGUUCAGGACGUGGGUGGUUGGUGCACACAGCGGGGACAGUUCAGGACGUGGGUGGUUGGUGCACACAGCGGGGACAGUUCAGGACGUGGGUGGUUGGUGCACACAGCGGGGUUAGUUCAGGAUGUGGGUGGUUGGUGCACACAGCAGGGACAGUUCAGGACAUUCAUGAUAAGCAACUUUCAGACCCUCAGCAACAGGCGGCUCCAGACAGGGACGACCAGCGGUUAGCGUUCUAGGGACAACCAGCGAUCAGCAGACAGCAGCAGCUCCCAGGGCACUCAACAGCGAAUGGCUUCCAGGGACACGCAGCCACAGACAGUGUGCAAGGUCCCUCAGCAGCAGCUCCCAGGGCACUCAGCAGCAGACAGGGUGCAAGGGUGCUCAGUAGACAGGCUUACAGACUUGCAUGGUCUUGCAGGGUCUCAGCUGUGGGGUCUGAGCUUUGGAGGAGAAGGCUCAUGCAGAGCUGUUCAGACUCCCAACCCU